GUGGACGGGCGGCCGCCCGGAGCGCUUGCUGCAGCCGGAGCGGAGUGCGGCGAGCGCGACGAGCGCGGCGCGGGCGGCGGUCCAUGGCCCCGACGGGAGGCGCGCCGCCCGCACCCGCAGCUCGGCGUCCGGCCUGACCGGACCGCGCCGCGCAGCCAACCGGUCCUCGGCUUGGGCUUGGCUUGCAGAUCUUCUUCAUGGAAGCGAUGUCUCCGCAGCAGGAUGCUCUAGGGGCGCAGCCGGGGCGCUCCUCCUCGCUGACAGGCAUGUCUCGCAUCGCGGGAGGCCCUGGCACCAAGAAGAAAAUGAAAACGCUAGCAGAAAGGAGGAGAAGCGCCCCAUCCCUCAUCCUGGACAAAGCCUUACAGAAGCGGCCGAGCACCAGAGACAGCCAUUCUGCCAGCAUUGACACGUGUGCGUUUCUGUCGUCGUUCAUGUGCUCCAGUCGGACUCUGCUGAUUGAUGGUCCAGUGGAACUUAAACGAGGCCUGCAGAGGCAGGAGAGGCAUCUUUUCCUAUUCAACGAUCUGUUUGUCUCGGCCAAAAUCAAAUAUAACAACAAUUUUAAGAUAAAGAAUAAAGUAAAGCUGGCCGACAUGUGGACAGCUAGCUGUGUGGAUGAAGUCGGGGAAGGCAACACAAACGCUCUGAAGUCCUUUGUCCUGGGCUGGCCCACAGUGAACUUCGUGGCCACUUUCAGUUCUCCAGAACAAAAGGACAAAUGGCUCUCUCUCCUUCAGAGAUACAUCGCUCUAGAAAAGGAAAAAGACUACCCGAAGAGCAUCCCCCUCAAAAUCUUCGCCAAGGACAUUGGGAAUUGCGCCUAUUUCAAAACUAUAUCAGUCAUGAACUCAGACACAGCGAGUGAAGUCAUCAACAUGUCCCUGCAAAUGUUAGGGAUAACUGGCUCCGAGAGAGAUUACCAACUAUGGGUAAAUUCUGGAAAAGAAGCGGCACCAUACCCACUCAUUGGACACGAGUAUCCUUAUGGGAUCAAAAUGAGCCAUCUCCGAGACACUGCCCUUCUGACGCAGGGAUCAAAAGACUCCGCCAGCCCAUCCCAGCUCCAGGAGCCUUUCCUCAUGGAGCAGCUGCCCCGAGAGAUGCAAUGCCAGUUCAUCCUGAAACCUACCCGCCUGGCGACAGCCCAGCAGCUGAGUGAUUCCAGCCAUAAGACAUAUAAGAGGAGGCGCUCCAUCAUCAACUGGGCUUUCUGGCGGGGCUCUAGCACACACCUGGACAAUCUGCCCGUGUCACCAACAUCCCCUAUGCCAGGGCAGCUCUUUGGAGUUUCUUUACCAGAUAUUUGCGAGAACGACAAUCUGCCAAAGCCCAUCUUGGACAUGCUCUCCUUUCUUAACCAAAAAGGCCCCCUCACGAAGGGCAUCUUCAGGCAGUCGGCCAACAUGAAGUCUUGCCGAGAGCUAAAGGAGAAACUGAAUUCUGGAAUUGAAGUCCACCUCGACUGUGAAUCCAUCUUUGUGAUAGCAUCCGUGUUGAAGGAUUUUCUGAGAAAUAUCCCAGAAAGUAUAUUUUCAUCAGAUCUGUAUGAUCACUGGGUCUGUGUAAUGGAUCAAGGAAAUGAUGAAGAAAAAAUAAAUACAAUUCAAAGGCUAUUAGAUCAGCUUCCCAGAGCCAAUGUUGUUUUCCUAAGGUAUCUGUUUGGGGUAUUACACAACAUUGAACAACAUUCCUUAUCUAAUCAGAUGACUGCAUUUAACUUAGCAGUGUGUAUCGCUCCAAGCAUUCUUUGGCCUCCUGCUUCCUCCAGUCCAGAGCUAGAAAAUGAAUUUACAAAAAAGGUUUCUCUCCUUAUACAAUUUCUGAUUGAAAAUUGCUGUAGGAUAUUUGGAGAAGAAAUCACUUCUCUCUUGGGGGAGCUUUCUGAGAGAAGCGACAGAGAACACACCCCAGAUACGUCUUGCUUCCAGUUGAACGACUCCUCCUAUGACAGCUUAGAAAACGAGCUCAAUGAGGAUGCCGAUGCCCCGUGCAGCGACCUGGUCAAACGGCUCGGCCAGGGUAGCAGGAGCAUGGACUCAGUCUUAACCCUCAGUGACUAUGACCUUGAACCGCCCGAAGCGGAAGGCCUUUUAACCCUGAGCAACUUUGACUUAGAUCAGUCUAAAGAGGAGCACAUUCGAACGAAACAACCCCUGGAGACCAAGCCGGUGAGUGUUUUCGUAGCCUACAGGAAGGUUUCACUGGGGGAGCAUACUAGGGCCCCCGAUGGCCCCGGUACACCCAGCUGCCUGCCUGCAACUGCCUCAGAUGCCCGGAAAGUCUUUCGGCGGCACCGGCGCUCCUCAGAGCCCAGCAUUGACUAUCUAGACGCAAAGCUUUCCUAUCUCCGGGAGUUUUACCAGAAGAAGUUACGCAAGUCCAGCUGUGAUGCCGUGCUCUCUAGAAAGGAUGAGGAUUACCUGAAGCAGACCCAGCCUCAGAAGAAAGGGGAUCAGAGGUGUUUUAAACAGAGCUCAGUGACGGGCACUGACGUCAGCAAGAGGAACACUGCUAAUGAAAACAUUAAGAAGAAAAGCUUGUCUGGUCAUGAAGGAAUUCAAGAGACACCUUUCACUAAGUCCAAGCCAGUGGCCAUUUCUGUGGCAUCUUACAUGUCCUCCCAGGACCAUUCCUGGGAGCAGCCCUUUGAAGCAGAUGCAUGCAGGUUCUCCCCACCACACAUAGCAGAUGCCCAGAAGAGCUCACGGGCGCAUCGGCGCUGUUCCGAACCCAGCAUCGAUGACCAGAACUACAAGCUGUCCUAUCUCAGGGGGGUCUACUCAAAGAAGCAAAGUAAAACCAGCUGUGAGGCUGGCCUCUUGCAUGGCGAAGAGGAUUAUCUCAAAAGGCAUAAGUCUUUGCAAAUGGAGGGGCAAAAGCUCAUUAAUCAGAGUUUGGUCAUGGGGAUUGAGGUGGGCAAGAGCAGCAGCAGCACAAACCAAAGUACUGAGAAGGUUUUGCCCCCAAGACUAAACCUUUGCCCAAGGGCUAGCUAUUCCAGUUUAUCUUCCCCCGGCACAUCCCCGUCAGGUUCCUCGGUAAGCUCCCAGGACAGUGCUUUCUCUCAGAUCUCUGAACACUCGGUGUUUACACCCACAGAAACUUCCUCUCCAAUAGAUUGCACUUUUCGGGCUCAGAGAAAACAGGAAGAGCUUUCUUCAGACUGUGACAGUCCCAGCCUCGUUUCUGGAAUGCCGGGUCCCUCCACGGGGCAGGCCAGCAGCCACCUAGCUUAUUUAAGAAAGGGUACCACAGAGCAGCUACCACAAAUGCAUUCUGUAACUCUUCACCCCAGCACAUGGUUGAGAAGCGGCUUGGUCACUUUAAAAAACUGGUCCCUCAAAAAGAAAACAAAAGCAGCCAGACCCGAGGACAGAAAAGACUGUUCCUUAAAAGAACCUCUGGAAUUACCUGCAUGUGCUGCUGGGACCCCAGAGGCUGACUCUCUACAAGAGAGCCAGGAGGACAUACACCUAGGGGUAGAUGAAGGAGCUGGGCAAACUGCCUGUGGGCUCAGCUCUUAUGCCUGUCAGGACUCAGAGCAACACGCCAGCUCCCCGUUCUGCCUGGCAGGAAGCAGACUCACGCUUGGUAUGAAGUUGCACGAGGGAGAGGAGAGUGGAGGGCAGUACCCUUGUGAUAACCCUUGGGAAGGAGCCCCUUCAGGUCUGGAGACCUCAGAGGAUGCAGCCAACACAGGUGUGGAACCUGCGACAGUUUGCAAUGACGGGGACAGACAUUAACCAAAGACCACUGCCUACAAUAAGAAUCUGCUAUCAAAACAACCUGAAGUCUUUAAGGACAGGGACUGGGCCAAUAAAAACACAGACAGUAAUGAGAUAACCCCGCCUGUAAGGCACCUGGGAUAGGUAGCACAAGGACAAUCAUUGCUAACGUGGCAGUUUCUUUGAUGCAGUUACAUGGCAAAACCCUGUCGAGAUGUUUCAUGAUCUUAAAGUUGUGAAAGGCUUUUCCUAUUAAAGCAUGGGUUGAGUUCCUUUUCUGAGAUUUUAAGAUACUGACAGAAGGGUAGAGGGAGUGUUCUCUGUAGGAGAAGCCUCCUCGUGUCAGCCAUCUGAGAGUUGGGGUGUCUUGAGAGGAUCAGAAUACCUUAAAUGCAGCAUCUGUGACACAUAGAGAGGAGUGGCAGAGAGAAGACAUCGUUAAGCCCAGGGAAUAAGAAAAGGGGCCACUGAACCACUCGGAAAAGCAUGUAGGUUCACUAAGGAAAUCAUGUGAAGCCUGUCCCUGAAGCCAAGUCAGUGGCCAUUUCUGUGGCUGUUCUUAGUCACGUCACUCAUCUUCACUGGGUCAUUUUAGGGACCAGCUCUGGUGAUAAAGGCAGAGUGAAGGAAACUAGCGGGCAAAGAGCCAGGAGUGCCGGUACAGCUCGGUCGGUUGGUUGGUUGGUUGUUGUUGGUGGUGGUGGUGGUGUUUUACUGUUAGGGUUGAGGCGUUCACAUAUAUCUUUCAGAAAUGAAGAUAUAAAGACAAGGAAGGGUUUGCCCAUUUCAGUGUCCUUCCCACAGUCCCUAUGCAGCAAGCCUGUGUUCUGGGAAUGUAACUUAUCCCUACUUAAAGGAACCUGCUGACAGCACGUGCUCUAGCAGCACAGAAGAACAGCCACGUGAGAAUUGGAGACAUUAAUCUCAAGGUCAGUUUCCUCUGGCUGACUAAUCUCAGAGGCAAGACUUCAGAGAAACAAGAGAUGCCGGUAUUGGUAUCAACAUCCAUGCGAUUGUGUCGUGCUGACACCGUGUCAGUAAGCAAAGCUGUGCAGAGAUGCGUCCAGAUCAGGAAGCUGGGUCCUACAAUAUAUAGGCUAUCACAGAAAAUGGCCGCUGGCUUAGACUUAGUGGCCAGUUACCCUGUGAAACUCCUCUCUGUAAGUGACACUUCUCUCAUUUUGAAAAGUGGCAGUUCCCCGCAACAGCACCCCCUUCUUUGUUCCACAGGCAGUAUUUAUCAAUACGUCAUCUCUGUGGAAACAUUUCACUGCAGCCCUGCUCUCUGUUAGAUUACAGUCAGGCAGGAGGAGAUAAGGGACGGCUGUUAAUUAGUCUUUCAUCCCACAAGAUUGUUAUUGAUUAGAGAUUGGCAGCCUGUAAGAGGUUAUUGAGUGGGACACACAACGAAGUUGCUGUCUCUGGUGGCCACUGCCUUUUGGAUUUUUUUGAAGUUCUCCACUUUUCCCAAAUGACUUGUGGUUUAUAAAUACUAAAGUUUAGACCCUGGCAGUUUAUCAUAAACCUUUGUCCUCCCUCUUCACCUUCUAGGCUACGUCAGGAUGUCUCCUUCCCUAGCCAGAAUGAAAUGGAAGGAUACGCCCUAAGAUAGAUGCGCAUUUGAGAUACUCACCUAUUAGAAGUUUCCUAGACUCUAUGUGAUCUCUUGAAUCCCUGUAAAAAAAAAAAUCCACUCAAAAACUAGCUUAUCCCAAAUUAUUAUUCCUACCAGUCCCCAGGAAACUCGUGGUAGACGUUCCCUUCUCCUAAACAUCACAUUGUCAGUUACAGGAUAAGGACUUGUCUCAGUAUUGUUAUUGAAGUGCCACCUACCUCUCGGGCAUGGCCCUGUCAGCCCUAAUCAUCAUUACCUUAAAACUGUGUCCAGUGAGCUCCUUUAUGAUACUUGGCAAUCCCAGCCAGAUGCAACCAACCACUUCCAUAUGGAGAGCCCUACAUAUCCAUAUGGAUCUUUUGGGGGAUUAGUGUAUAGAGUUGGCAGGUCAAACUCUUCCCCUUAGAGCAUACUACUGUCAGAACUGCAAGAUGUGAAUGAAGAUCUCAUGGCUUAGAUGGCCUCUCUGUAAGAUGUGUCUCCUGAACCAACGAAGUGUCCUGGCUUUUUUCUAACCCCACACCUACCCAUUUCGUAAUGGCCAGUAGAAAAUCAUCCACCGGUUUGAAGCAUAGAAGAAAAUAGUUGGUAAGGUUCCCCACCAGCCCUGCUGGCUCUGUUCCUUAGAUGCUCCCCCAUGAUACCUAAUGUGAAUAGUCUGUUAAUAUUGCUGUAAAGUAUUGUAUGAUUUGAAGACAGACAUGUCAUUUUAUUAGACUCCAUCAAUCUAUAAUAUAUUAGACUGAUUCUUUAUCUCAAAUGCUAUGAGUUUGUAUAAUAUAUCUUGACAAAUUUUAUUACCGUGUUAUGUAACAAAUGUGUAUUUUUGUACCUUGCAGAAACUGCUGCUAACUUUUAAAAAUUGUUUGGUUUUCAAAGCACUGAAAAUGGACGCGUACGGAGUCCAUGCUGUCAAAUAAAAUGCCACCCUGCAGUUACCAGUCCCACAGAGAAACACUGCGGAGAAUUCUUCUGUUCAGCAAACCUGAGCUCCCUUUGAGUUGACCAUUUCAUACACAAUGAGUUGUGGCCUUAAGUUUUUACUCAUAGUUUUUCUAGGGGGAAAAGGAGUGAAAUUGUCUUUUUCCUUUUUAUACUUUUAAAUCUCGUUUACCAAACAAGUCAUGUUUUAUACCUAACAGUCCCCCUUUUGUCAGAAAUUGUGUCUAUUCAGUGUAACCCCUGGAGCAAUGUGGACUAGUUUGUCCACAUACCAAACGAAAGAACAGCUCACUUUGGUUGUGUGUAUGAGAUUUUCUCUCACAGUUAGGCCAUUCUGAUGAAAGAACCAAGUUGACUUUAUACACACACCAAGAUAUCUGUUCUUUGAGGUAACCUGUGAUGUAUGACAGUUUCUCAUGACUACUAUAUCUUUGAUUUCUUGAGGUUUAUCGAGUGGUCUCUGCAUAAAUUUAGCCACUGUUUCAAAGGGAUCCAGAACCUAGAAAAACUAGAUUGGCUCCAGCUAGGUAGAAAGGACAAAUCCACUUUCUCAAGUGUUACUGAUUGUAUUUCUAUAGUGCGCGUACGCACACACACACACACACACACACACACACACACACACACACACACACACACAGACACACUAAAUUCUAUCCAGAUUUUGGAGAAAUAAAUUACUUUUAAUGAGGACUCGAUCUAAUGUUAAUAACUGUCUUCUUAAUAGCCUACACUUAGCAGGUCAUAACACUGAAUCAAAAGGUUUUAAUUUGUCAACCCAAGAACAAGCUUCUUCUGUUUUUUCUUUUUUUAAUUACUCCCAGUAAGUUUUAUACUGUGAAUAAUAAAUUUGGGUAAAGCA